CUCGGAAGAGACAACAACACAUCACCCGAUUUGGCUUCAAAGCGAUUAGCUAAAAGCCAUGGCGUUUGUUGUUCGGACGCUCUUCUUGACGGCGAUUGUGUGCAGUGUCAGAGCAGGAUACCUAUCAGGUCAUCACCAUCAUGAUUCCGGCCAUCACCAUCACGAUUCCGGCCAUCACCAUCACGAUUCAGGCCAUAUACAUCACGAUUCAUACACAGAUUCAGCCCAUAGCGCGCCGUCAGCAUCAUAUGGAGUUCCUUCAAAUUCCUACGGUCCUCCAGUGCACUCAGGAGGCUUGAUAGCUGACGCGAGCCUUCCCGCGCCACUUCCCAGCACUCCCAUAAGCAGCGGCCCUAUUGGAUACCCACUAGCAGCGCCGGCACCAGUCUACGGACCCCCUGAGACCUCAGGCAGCCUCAAUCUUGAUGAAAACCGUCCACCCCCACCGGCCGGCGGUGGCUCCUUAACCCUUGGAGCACCAAGAGUGAUCGGAACCUCCGUGACGGUUGGAAAGCCUAUUGCUGCAGCGUCAAGAUACGAAUUGAAGGCAGUCGUGCAAGACGUCGUCAGACGCGUGCCAGUUGAGGUCGUCCGUCACGUGCAGGUCGCUGUGCCGCAGCCUUACCCCGUGCCUGUUCGUCAGGAGGUGAGGGUGCCGGUGCCUCAGCCUUACAAUGUACCAGUGGAUGUCGUGAAACAAGUGCCUUACCCAGUGUACAAGACCCAAACGGUCGAAGUAGAGAGGCCUGUGCCUUAUGAGGUCGUGAAGCACGUGCCUGUUGAGGUCAUCAGAAAGGUUCCCAUCCCCGUGGACAGGCCAUACGAGGUCAUCAAGAAGGUACAUGUGCCAGUAGAGAAGCACGUCGAAGUGCCAGUCCCCGUAUGGAAGCCGUACCCUCUCCACAUCAUCAAGCACGUCACCCACUACCAGAAGAAGAGCUGCUGCUGGUGAACCAUAGAGCAUAAGUUGUGAUCAUACCAAAUAGUCAAUACGUGUAAAUAAAUAGUCACUAGUUGUAAAUAAAAUAGGUGUACAAAGAAU